AUGUUCACCUACCGCCAGAAACUGAUGAUCCUGCUGGGCCAACUGCUGCUGCUGGGCAUCCAGAGUUAUCCCUUGGGCGAGGACCUGUCCUCCAGUGUGGUCCACUCGGCGGGUCUGCUGGGUCACUAUGCCGGCGGUCUGACUGGCGGCGAGGCCCUGUCCAAGCUGGACUUCAGCUCAUCCUCCCACGAGUUUGACGCCUCCGCGGAUCACGACCACCUGGGCUCCCUGGGCGAUCACCUGGGCGAGGAGGGCUUCCCGGCGGACUACGGCAGCAGCGAUGCCGGCGAGGAGUACGCCGAGGCCAGCGAGGUGCACUCCCACUACGAGGACCACGACCACGACCACGACCAGAAGGCCGUGCCCGGCAUCGACCAUGGCAAGGGCGCCUUCAGCUACAGCACUCUGUACGAGUUCAAGGAUCGGGACGAGCACGAGCUGCACCACAUCCAGCACCAGGCCCUCGAGCAGCAGGUGGAGCACCAGCACCAGGCGGAGCACGACCACGACCACCAUUUGGACUUGGACCACCACCAGCUGGAGCAUCUCUACUAA